AUGUCUUUUUAUAAUAUAAAUUUCUGUUUAAAAUUGUUCAAUUUAAUGGGGACACAUCCAGACAAAAGGGGUAGUGUAUUACAAGUAAUGAUUUAUAUUUUAGGAGCGGUUUUAAAUCUAAGUAUAGUUAUUCUGUCAAUAUUGUUACUAUUUAUCAAAGAAAGGGUAACUAUAACAGACGUAACUGAUUCUAUAGAAACAAUUGGAUUACUUUUGCAUGGUUUUCUAAAGUUAACUAACCUCUUCAUCAAGAGAUCGAAGAUAUCAAAUCUGCUCAGAACAAUGGAAGCGCACUUCUGGAAAAUUGAAGACGUAACCGAUACUGACGCCAGAACCUCCCACCAGAAAUUUUUAAACUCUUUAAAAAAUGUAUUAAAGUUCUUUACAUCGCUCUGUGCAUUUCUUGCAGUGCUGUUCAUCAUCAAGGGGUUCGUAGGACAAACCGUUUUCGAGAUAUACCUUCCAAAUUGGUUUCCGCUUUAUUUGUCUGUAUUUUAUCAAAGUUUCACUUGCGUUUUGACUAUUUCUUUUCCCGUGAUCAGCACGGAUUUGUUCAUUUUCACAAUUUUUAUGCUGACUAGUUUACAGUUUAAGUUGCUAAAUGAAGAGGCGAGGAACAUUUUUGGAAAAACGGGAGAAUGUGGAAUAGAUGAUGAAGUUAUUAAGGCGAGAAUAAAGAAAUGUGUAGAUCACCAUAUUUUUUUGAAAAACUUCGUAAAAAUGUUAAACGAUACAUUUUCUCAAGUACUAUUCAUUUACAAUGGGGAUAUUGUACUCUCUCUAUGCGUUGAAAUGUACAUUGUAUCAACACAGAAUUCAUUUCAAACCGCUGCGAAAGCAGCAGUAUACGUUUUUACAGGAAUGUUCCAAUAUACUGUGUGUUAUUGUAUAGCAGCACAGGCUAUUACCGACGAGAAAAGCGUUUAUUUUGGAAAUUGGUAUGAACAUCCGGAAAAGUACAUAAGAAAUGCGACAACACUGAUGAUAGCUGUCGGCCAACGACCUGUUACUAUUAUCGCUUUAAGUUUUAUAAAAGUAAAUUUGGAGACAUGUUUAAAAACUACCCAGACUAUAUUAUCGUACUGUAUGUUCUUGAGGACUAUGGGUAUAAAUUAG